CGCCGCGCGCCCCUCCCCCUGUCAGAGGCAGCCAUUGUUUAAGCCGGUCGCGCUGGCUUUGCUGGGGCCAAGUGGGUCCGGUUCCUCCCUGCCCUCCUCCAAGUUCUGCCCCCCCCCCCAAAGCUGGGAGAGGGGGCCAGCCCCCCGGCUUUGGGCGCCCUGAGGUUGUCGGGUGCAGGCCGCCAUGAGCAAACGGAAAGCGCCGCAAGAGACUCUGAACGGGGGAAUCACCGACAUGCUCACAGAACUUGCAAACUUUGAGAAGAACGUCAACCAAGCUAUCCACAAGUACAACGCUUACAGAAAAGCAGCCUCUGUGAUAGCGAAGUACCCACACAAAAUAAAGAGUGGAGCAGAAGCUAAAAAACUGCCUGGAGUAGGAACAAAAAUUGCUGAGAAGAUUGAUGAAUUUUUAGCAACUGGAAAAUUACGUAAACUGGAAAAGAUUCGGCAGGAUGAUACAAGUUCAUCCAUCAAUUUCCUGACUCGAGUUACUGGAAUUGGUCCAUCUGCUGCAAGGAAGUUUGUAGAUGAAGGAAUUAAGACAUUAGAAGAUCUCAGAAAACAUGAAGAUAAAUUGAAUCAUCAUCAGCGAAUUGGACUGAAAUAUUUUGAGGACUUUGAGAAAAGAAUUCCUCGUCAAGAAAUGUUACAAAUGCAAGAUAUUGUACUAAAUGAAGUUAAAAAGGUGGAUUCUGACUACAUUGCUACGGUCUGCGGCAGUUUCAGAAGAGGUGCAGAGUCCAGUGGUGACAUGGAUGUUCUUUUGACCCACCCAAGUUUUACCUCUGAAUCAGCUAAACAGCCCAAGCUUUUACAUCGUAUUGUGGAACAGUUACAGAAGGUCCAUUUUAUUACAGAUACUCUAUCAAAGGGUGAAACAAAGUUCAUGGGUGUUUGCCAGCUUCCCAGUAAAAAUGAUGAAGACAAUGAAUAUCCACACAGGAGAAUUGAUAUCAGGUUGAUACCCAAGGAUCAGUAUUACUGUGGUGUCCUCUAUUUCACCGGGAGUGAUAUUUUCAAUAAGAAUAUGAGAGCUCACGCCUUAGAAAAGGGCUUCACAAUCAACGAAUACACAAUUCGCCCUUUGGGCGUCACUGGAGUUGCUGGAGAGCCCCUUCCAGUGGACAGUGAGAGAGACAUCUUUGACUACAUUCAGUGGAAAUAUCGAGAACCCAAGGAUCGAAGUGAAUGAGGCUUAUCCUUCCUCCCAGGCACAUAAAGAGGAGUCUUAAUUUAUUUCUUAACCUUUGCUAUGUAAGGGUCUUUGGUGUUUUUAAUGAUUGCCUCUUCAUCCUUUAGCUUGCAUUAUAAUGAAUAAAACCUCCUAUGUCAGCAUCAGA